UCAGAUCAUCGGCCUACGCAAAACUUUGCCUGUUUAGCUGUUUGCUUCAACACUCAUUUCCUCUGUGUUUGCUAGGGUUUUUGAAAACGUGCGAGGUUUGUGACAGAGAAAGAAAGAGAUCAACUUCAAUCGCCAGCCAUGUCGUUCAACUCUCCUGAAUUGCAAAAUCUGCUUGAGCAAGAGAAGCAAAGAGCCAUGGUUAAUGAGAUGGUAUCGAAAAUGACAAGUGCCUGCUGGGAUAAAUGUGUGACCGGUGCACCUGGAAGCAAGUUCAGCAACAGUGAAGCAGCAUGCCUUCAGAAUUGCGCUCAACGAUACGUUGAAAUGAGUAUGUUAAUUAUGAAGCGCUUCCAGUCAAUGCAAUAGAGAUCCUGAUGAUAAUUGCCUCACUUUUGUGGUCUCUGUUUUAACUUCCCUCGUGGGGUUUUUACUGUUGCAACCGUGCAAUGCCUAUACAUUUCAUCCAACAAAUAUCAACUUGAGUUGCGCCAGCAUUGAAUUACUUAUGAAGUAGUCUUUUGCACAUGAUUAGUAUGUCGACCUUUAUAUUUACUGAACAUGUGUUUUUGUGUUGAACUUGUCUUUCCAAUCCCCUCUUCCAUUUCGAAGAAAAUAAAAGUACAAAAAGAAGCAUUCUUCUUA